UGGCAUUUUUAAUGACAGUCAUAUAAAAAUCAGCUUAACAAUAAUUUAUUCUGUGCCGAGUUCACAAAAAAAGGCAAGUCUGGUCAGUACGUUCAUAAAGGUCGGAUGACAGGUGGGAAUUUGGGUUUUACUCUAAACAGACAAAAAUGAGCGACAACGUUCAUCUUAGUUUAGCACACGCGGGUAAAGACGGCCAAAACUCGGCAGCCGCGGACAGCAACGACCAGGACCAGGAGAGCUUCCCGUACGACGCGGAAGAUCCGGGCGAAGAGAGCGACGCGCCGGAGGCGAAAGACGGCGCGGUCAGUCCGGAGGAGCUCAACGACGACGAGACGUCCGGAGAGAGCGAGAACGUGCCCAAGACCUGCAUCUAUGACGGCUGCACCGAGACCACGACGCAGGUGGCCAAAGCCAGGAAGCCCUGGAUGUGCAAAAAACACCGGAAUAAAAUGUACAAGGACAAGUACAAGAAAAAGAAAAGCGACCAGGCCAUGUCGUCGGGAAAACUAGAAGAGAGUUCGGAGGAGAGGCCUGUAUCUGUUACUAAACAACGGCUGGGUACCAUAGGAGACAGACCCGCCAGACCGUCCCUCAUUGAGCAGGUGCUGAACCAGAAGAGACUGUCUCUGCUGAGGAGUCCAGAAGUCAUCAGUUUCCUUCAGCGGCAGCAGCGUUUACUGACCACACAGAAUCGAGCUCAAACACAGCACAACUACUGAAGACUGAAGAUGUUUUACUCAUCCUGUUGACGAUUUAAUGCAGACACAUUUUCAAUGACAUUUUUACAACGCCAGUAUUCUAUACUCAUGUGAGAACCAUUAGCAUCUGUGACCUACAGCCAUCCUUGAUGGUGAGGAGACUAUCAACACUGCAUUCUGAAAACUUGGAUAUUUGACAAGGAUCUGAUCGAUCUGAAGUACUUCUGUCAUCAUCAAUCUCUUUGAGAUCAUGAAAUGAAUUAGCAGCUAAAUCUACUAUAUAUCAACAAUCCAUUUGAAUAAGCACCCUGUUCGGCCACAUGUAGUGUCUUUUAGGAUUUUUAAAUUAUUGAUAGAAAAUAUGAAAUGGCAGCUGUUAUCAAAAGAUUUUUUAGUGAUCAAUCCUAUCUGUAAUAAUGUCACCAGUGAAAGCUACAGUUUAGUUUCACCUUUUUUGCCACACACACAUUUGCCACACUUUAUUAUUAUUUUAAACAUGGUGUAAACUCAGUAAGUUGCUGAGGGCGUUCCAAUGACGUUUUAUUGAUCUUGUGCAGUUUUCAGCUUUAAAAGCAUUAAUACUUAAGGAUUUUUCCGGUCAGAAAAUAAACAGGCAGAAAUAGAAGGGAGUGUUUUGUAUUACAAGAACAAGAAAGCUAACGCAAAUGCAAAACAACAUGAAAUGUUAUAGAAGACACAUAUUAGCCAAAAUAUGACACAAAUAAACCAUUUCCAGAACAAGUACCUGCCUGACACAUUUCUUUGGCUUCCUAUUGGAGAGUUUCUGUCUGAAUUGAUCUCAGCUACUACAUACUGUGAAGUAGUAGUGUUUUUUCUUUAUUAAAAU